UCAGUCCAGUUGCUUCGUAGUUGAUAAACUGCUCAAUGCAUUAUUAAUUAUUGAAUAAAUAUCGGAUUUAAUUUAUUAAGUUGUUAUUGCAAAUACAUUUAAGUUAUCCCGCGGGAAAAUGUGCGAAACCGCAUCGGCAUCUGGCACUCACCAACGGCGAACCAGCUCUUUAAAACUCUCUGUGGAAGUCAGAUAAGGAGUUUUACUCAUGUUGGAAUUCUAAGAAACUUUAACUGGUAACAUGAACAGAAAACUCCGGCUCAGCAGCAAGGGUAACAGCCAGGACGUCGGCUCGAAGCAGUACGAUGGCAAAAUAGCCGGGCUGUACGAUCUGGAGGAGACGUUGGGUCGAGGCCAUUUCGCCGUGGUCAAACUGGCCAGGCAUGUCUUUACCGGCGAAAAGGUGGCCGUCAAGGUUAUCGAUAAGAGCAAACUGGACGAGGUUUCCAAGGCGCAUCUAUUCCAAGAGGUGCGUUGCAUGAAACUGGUCCAGCACCCGAACGUGGUGCGCCUCUACGAGGUCAUAGACACGGCGACGAAGCUCUACCUGGUGCUCGAAUUGGGCGACGGCGGCGACCUCUACGAGUACAUAAUGCGCCACGAUACGGGCCUGCCCGAGAAAGCGGCCAAGGAGUACUUCAGCCAAAUCGUGCGGGCCAUAUCGUACUGUCACCAGUUGCACGUCGUGCACAGAGACCUGAAGCCGGAGAACGUGGUGUUUUUCAAAAAACAGGGAAUCGUCAAAUUGACGGAUUUCGGGUUCAGCAACAAGUUCUAUCCCGGCCAGAAAUUGGAGACAUCCUGCGGCAGUUUGGCCUAUUCGGCGCCGGAGAUCCUGUUGGGGGACUCGUACGAUGCGCCGGCCGUCGAUGUUUGGUCGCUAGGCGUGAUUUUAUAUAUGUUAGUGUGCGGUCACCCUCCAUUCCAAGAAGCCAACGAUUCCGAAACCUUAACCAUGAUUAUGGAUUGCAAGUACGAUAUACCCUCUCACGUAUCGCAGAAUUGCCAAAAAUUGAUAUCGAGAAUGUUGCUGAGGAACCCGGAGAAACGGGCCACGCUCGCCGAAAUAUCGAACCACCCGUGGCUGUGCAGCACCACGAAAACGUUGCACGCGGACUCGAUCCCGUUGGUAUCCAGGGAGCAGUUGCAAGAGGACGAUCACAAUUUCAUCGUGCAGAAAAUCGUGAACGGCAACGUCGCCACCAAGGAGGAAAUUCAAGAAUCUCUCGACAAGAACGAAUACAAUCACAUAACGGCCACGUACUAUCUGUUGGCCGAGCGGAAGUUGCGGUACAAGCGCCAAGAGCAGGCGGCCAAAAGUAAAAGGCCGGAAGAAUUGCCCGUUUUUCAAAAUACUCAAAAUGCCAAUCAAGACGAUUCGGUAUCGGUGAAGCCGAAUUUGUUGAACGUACCGAGAACACCGGGAGACAUACCGCAGAGAUCUCGCAAAUGCAGCAUAGUACAAGAGGACGAAGAAGAGGAGGACAUGUCUUCGUGCGGGGUGCGAGAAGAACUGGCCUCGACGUUGAACAGGCGCGGUUCCCGAUCGGAGGGUCGGCUGAAUUUGACGUUGCAGGAGCGCCUGCUCGAAUCGGAGAAGAGGAAACCGCCCGAAUUGAAGUACCCGUCGGGCGUCAAGAAGGCCACGGCCAAGGUGAACCAAAAACUCGAACAGCACAAGGUCAAAAGCGACACGAAGCUCCAACAACAACAACCCGUCGUACCGGUCAUCACUACUACCGAACACAAGAGCGUCGAGCCAGUCGUGGAGGCAUCCGCGGUGGAUAGUGGAGACGCGAAUGCGAGGCAAUUCGCCGGUUACAACCCGUCGUACGAUCGACGACGGGCGAAAUUCCACAAGAGCCGAACGGCUUCCUGCAGCUCGUCCGACGCCAGCGACGAUGAUAGCGAGAAACGUAAGAAACGCGCGCAGAAACUCAACACGCCGUCCAAAUCGUUCGAAACUCGAAGGGAUAGUUACGACGACAGCAGCGAUUCGCAGGAGCCGGGAACCGGAGCUGGAACGAGCGGUUUCGGAUCGUUGAAAAGCGGCGGGAUAGGCAUCGGCAACAAUACUACAAAAACAGACAGCAAAGAAUCAAAAGAGAACGAAAAACGCGAACCCUGCAACGAUAAAAACGGCAAAAACCACACCAACGUCUCGUCGUUCGAAAGAAACCACAGAUUAUGCAGGAAAAAGAGCGGCAAAACCAGAUUGCGCGAGAGCCAAUCGUUGAACCGCAUAACCGAAGUGCAAGAGGACGCCCAAGCUCUGGUCGUCUCGACGACGUUAUCGAGCAUGCCGGGCUCGUUGGCGCCGAAAGUGAAGAGCGUCGGCGCCAAGAUCCUCAACGGGCUGGGCAAAUCGUCGAAGAAGCCGAAGGAGCGCGACGAGGAUUCGUCGAGGUUGUCGCGCAGGGACCAGUCGAAGGGCUCGGAGGAGUGCAGCAAGUUGGAGAAGUGCGGCGUGAGGAAGAUACGCGUGUUCGGUCGGUACUUCCACGUGCAGAGGAAGCUGUGCAUACCGCUGGCGGGGCUGUUCCGGCGGAACGGGCUCUACAAGGCGCAGUCCUGCGGCUCGUUGACCAAAGAUAGGAUUAUGGGGGGCGCGCGCGGCAGGCCGGUUAGUUGUAUAAAGGGCGACGGGGACGUGAAUCAGAACGAGCCGAACAAACCGCUCGUUUGUAGCGAAUUGAGGGACAUUUGUACGGUGCACGUGCAUAUAGGACAGGCCACUAAAUGUAGCUUUUGUUGAGCAAAAAUUUGAAGCGUUACCAAAGGAGAGUUUUUAUUGUGAGCGGUGCGGUCUUACGUACAGGUCUGGAAACUCGGUAGGUUCGUUUAUUGUGACUUUGGGUCGAGGGUUCAUUAAACUAAAUUUGGGUUCAUUAAACUAAACGCUACCUGUUAUUAGUGACCUCUCUCGAGAGUCACAUCACCCUGUACAGGAGUUUCCUGACCUGUUAUUAUACGAUCGUGGUAAGCGGUGUCCGAUUAAUUCGAAUGUCACAUGUCAAAUGGAAUAAUUCGACGCAGUAUUACUCGUUAUUUACCUUUUUUUUUAUAGAUAGGUUUGGAAUUAAUUAAUUCAGCUCUUGAAUGUACUAACAAUAAGGACCAAAAUUAUUUUGUACUAUUUCGAAUCGGAUGUUUUACGUGUAAUCAGUGAAUUUCAUAUCAUUUUUCUGUGUAAAUGCAGCGCGGGAUGGAAGUGUUCUAUGUUUUUUUGUUUGAAUUAAAAUCUAGGUAAAAGGGGUAACAUUUGUAGAUGUAUAGAUAAAUGUCGCAUGAGUCCUUAACCAUGUAAGGUACUAGUUAAUGUUUAAAAAAAAAGUUGUAGUAUUUUACCAUUGUCCUUUGCAUCGGAUUUUAUGCGAAUUUGAUAUCCCGAGAAGAUAUUUGACAUAUGACUAAAUAAACCGUACGGGGACGCCCCCUUGUUUGUUUGUUGUUAAACUUUUUAGAUUCCUUUAUAUCGUAUUUUUCUUCGCAAUAUAUCGAUUUGUUAGUUUAUUUUACCGAGGUGUUCAGUUUAUUAUACGAAUUUUUUGCCAAAACACAACAUUGUUAACCCGAAAGACGUUUAAACUAACUUAUUUUAGAUUAGACUAUUUAUAAAUAAAUUAUUUGGAAAAUUA